AUGAAUUUAUUGAGCAGGAUAAUUGGUUUAAUAACUGUUUUGUUUUUGUUUUUUUGUUUGGUUUGUGCAUCUGUUGAUAUUACAAAAUACACAACAUAUGAUCCUAAAUGUCGUAAACUUUGUGACUUUGUGCAGCUGAUUGUUCUUGACAAAUGUGGGCGAGCACAACAGCAAGCUGCUGCUGCUGGGAGCCCCGACCAAUCCCCUUCUCAGCCCCCCUCCCCUUCUGUCGCCCAAUCCCCCUCUCCUUCCCAGUCCCCUUCUCAGGCCCCCUCCCCUUCUGUCGCCCAAUCCCCCUCUCCUUCCCAGUCCCCUUCUCAGGCCCCCUCCCCUUCUGUCGCCCAAUCCCCCUCUCCUUCCCAGUCCCCUUCUCAGCCCCUCUCCCCUUCUGUCGCCCAAUCACCCUCUCCUUCCCAGUUCCCUUCUCACACCCCCUCCCCUUCUGUCGCCCAAUCCCCCUCUCCUUCCCAGUCCCCUUCUCAGGCCCCCUCCCCUUCUGUCGCCCAAUCCCCCUCUCCUUCCCAGUCCCCUUCUCAGGCCCCCUCCCCUUCUGUCACCCAAUCCCCCUCUCCUUCCCAGUCCCCUUCUCAGCCCCCCUUACCUUCUGUCGCCCAAUCCCCCUCUCCUUCCCAGUCCCCUUCUCAGUCCCCCUCCCCCUCUCUUUACCAAUACCCAUCUCUGUCCCCCUCCCCCUCUGAAGGCCAAACAACCACUCCGGCCACCUCCCCCUCUCUUUCCCAGUCCCCCUCUCUGGCCCCCUCCCCCUCUGUUGCCCAAACACCCUCUCCGCCCCCCUCCCCCUCUCAAUCAGACCCACCCUCUGAAAACAGCUCCCCAAUCCCUCCUCCUUCCCCAAUCCAGCCUCCUUCCCCAAUCCAGCCUCCUUCCCCAAUCCAGCCUCCUUCCCCCAUCCAGCCUCCUUCCCCCAUCCAGCCGCCUUCCCCACCCAGUGAAUGGGCAGCAGAAGCCCCAGCGGAUAUUCCGGGGAGUCCGCAUGUGGCAGAUGAGAAUGUUGCAGUUGGAGAUCCCACUAGUUUUGUGGGCAUUCUUGUCACCAUGCGCCAACACCUGCAGGGAUUAUUGAGGAGUGUGGAGCAGCUGGAAAAGUUUUCAUAAUUUUUAUUUAAAAUCAUUUUAUUUUUCCGUUAAAAAAAAAUCAAA